AACACAGGCGGCCGCGGCGCCCGCCGGAGCAUGCGUCCUCCGAGGCUCCGACUGAACUAGACGUAACUUGCGACACUCGACACCCGACUCCUCUUUACUGUGUCGCAUAGCGCAUUACGUAUAAUUGAUUGUCCAUUCGAUACUGACACUGUACAGUCCGCGCGCGUCACACGCCCGCUCCAUUACGAUAAAAUAAUCAAGCAGCAGGUCUGUGAGCGGUCCGUGAUGGCCUUGUGUGAUAGUGUGUGAUACAGUGUUAGUGGAACAAUGGAGGUUACCAAGGUUAAGACUGGUGGGCGCGAGGAUUUCGAUGAAGACGGUUGUAACUCUCGGCGAUGUAUGCUGGACGAUUUGCAGUUGGCGGCGGAGUUGGGGAAAACUUUAUUGGAGCGCAACAAGGAGCUGGAGACUGCUCUUCGUCAGCACCAGAAUGUUAUUGAAGACCAAGCGCAAGAGAUUGAGUACUUAACGAAGCAAACUGUGGCCUUGCGCGAAGUCAAUGACUCAAGACUGAGAAUUUACGAACAACUCGAAGUUAGUAUUCAAGACUUGGAACGAGCGAAUCACAAGCUAGCAGUCGACCAUGCAAACGACAAGAAACAAAUUAAAAGCUUGUCUAGCGGCGCUGAAGUCUUGGAGAGUAGAUGUGAAGAUCUUCAAAAGACUGUGGACGACUUGAAAGCUCAAUUAGAACUCUUUCGGCGAAGAACUGAACGAAAAGCCGAGAUCGAUAAACCCAAAGACCAGAAGCCCGUUGUCGCAACCGGUGCAACUGCAAACAAGAAAACAGAAAUUAACGGAACACCACAGAAGACAAUAGCUCCUCUUCCAGAACUUACAAAAGAAGAUGAGGAUUUACUAAGACUUAGCGAUGAGCUUAGGGAGAAUAAAGUGGCGUUUGCUCAAGAGCAUCGGAGAGUGACAGAGCUAGAAGAGCAACUGGCAUCCGUUAUUCAAGAAAAUAAUAGAUUACAGGGGCAAUUGAGGAACUGGAACCAGCGGGACGAUGAACCGAAGUCGAUGCAUGAAGAAUUCGCUAUCCUUGAAGAAGUCAGACAAGGUCAACUGUGCAUCAGAUGCUUAAGAGGCAUCGAGAGGGACGACAUGUCUUCCAUGCUUGAUGGAGACGAUGACGAUAGAAGUGUUAUCAGCUCUCAGAUCCUCACACCUGGCCAACAGAGUCCCAAAGACGAGCAGGUCUCCAAUAAACUGCUCAAGUUCGACAAUGCCAAGGAAAAGUUACUCCAAGGUAUUUGGGCAAAUAAAGAAGAUGCUCAAGGAAAUCCUUAUAGAGAACUGGUCCAGAAAUAUGAAGCUUUGCUCGAAGUACAGUUGUCGCAAGGGAAAAACAUAAGGAAAAAUAAAGAUAUCUCAUUAACUUCACACGAUGAGCUACAAACAUCAGGUGACUUUAGCCAGUUCAGCGUUAAAGACACAGAUGAAGAGAGUGGCCAUGGUGAGGAGGCCCACAAAGAUGAGAUUCAGCAGAAAAAAUGUGAAUCCACAUCCCGCAAAAAGAUAAUUCAGACACCAGACUUCUCAGAAGCUGAGACGUCCAGUUCAGGGUUUUCUGAUGAAACCAGCAAUAAAGCAACACAGACAGAACGUGAAAGACCUGGUUCGUUCUUGUGCACCAUUGCCGACGGUGAAGAUUACCGUUUCAGCAUUUAUGAUGACGCCAGUCCAAUGGACAGCCGUUUCCGUAAUAGACCAGAAUAUAGGGAACUAUUCAAGGAAAUAUUCACUAUACUGAAAAAAGCAGCAGAAAAUAAAGACGACGGCGAGCAGCUACCUCUACUUGAUGAUACCACGGUAGGUAAAGUACCGCCGGUGACACCUGCCACGGAAGAACCUCCCGGUAACAUUACCGAUGAUACUCAGAGCAUUAUGUCGUCUGCCAUGUCUGAACAGUCGAUUCCAGUGUCGGAUAUUACAUCUUCAGAAACGCCAAUGUUAAAAGAAAAAGAUCAAGAUACUAAUGUUCUUGUAACUGCGAAAGUAUCAAAUGAGAAGCCAAACAUUGUCGAGAGCAAUAAAGAGAAUAAACCAGUGACAGAGAGUACCACCGAGAACACUAAAGAGAGCCAAGAAGAUAGAGAAAAAGAACGCGUGUUAACACCGUUGGUGCGUCAGCCACUGGAGUACAUUGCGGCUACUAGAAAGAAGUCCAGACAUCGCAACCGCAAGCACAGUCAAGAUAGGCAAGGUGCUGACUCGCCCGUAUUCCCUUCACCGCCUAAAAUAACGUAUCAAAAAUCUGCCAACAAGAAAAGGCGAGAUUACAGGCCAAUUGAAGUAAGUCCUCUCGCGAGAAAUACAGACAGCGAGUGGAACGGGUCCACUCUCCAGUUCUAUAACAGAAACAUGAACUCCCCCACACCCAGUGCUAGCGGGCGAACUGGGAAGAUCUACCAGUCUUGGAAUCCCGAAACUGACUCCUGGGAUAUAAAACAGAGCACAGCAUCCCAGGAGAUUCAUAAAUUGAGGAAGCUAGAACUCUCCUACGCAGAGGUUCUCAGAAACGCCGACAAAACAAAAAAUAGGCGCAAAAAACAUCAAUAAAAUUAUUUAACAAAAUCGACCCCCUCUUGUAUUGCAAGAGCUGAGUGAUUGGUAUCGCCAGUUGUCUUUGCCACCCGGACAUAUUUAGAUUAGGUUUUUGUGAUCUGCUAGCGUUACUUAUUAUUUUAUAAUAUCAGAAACAAUAAAUGAACAAUGCCAUAAUACAGAUAUAAAUGUACUCCAUAGUAUGAUUAGCGUGGUACAACGGGGUUUAUAGAUACACUAGGGUCAAUAGAAUCAGACUUGGUUUAUUAAUUACGACCGUAACAGAUUUAUCUUAUGUACCUUCCGUAGUAGAGUAACGCUUGUAGCGUUGUAACAAAACUGAACAUGCAUUUAUAAGACAAUAUGGUUAAAAACGGCUCGAUACUUUAUUUUAUAUUUGAUAUGCAUUUUAUUUAAUUCGGCAUUUCAACUGAAUGGAUUUAAUUUAAUUCUAUUCCGUUUCGUCAGUCACUAUUUUAAUUGUAAAUUAUGUACUGUAUUGCGAAAGUUUAUUUGUAAAUAUUCGAUUAAGUUAAUUUUAUAUUUUAUUUUGCCAUGGAAAUGUGAAUGCCUCAAUUCUUUGUGGAAUUGUACGCUGAUAUUUAACGAUAGAGGUUGGAGGAAUGAAAUAAAAGAUUUGCAUUGAAUUAUAAAA